GAUGGCACCCAUGAGAAGAUGGCAUUGUCUGCACCGACUCCCCCUAUGCUUCCUCUCACCAAUCCGGAGGUGCGCGGCUCGACCAAUCAAAAAGCAGUUGGGUACAUAAGACGCGGCCAGCCUUGCAGUAUGCGCUUUGACCGCAGGGCGGCAGCACAUGUAAACACAUGGAAUCUUACACAAGCUAUUACCAAACGCUGAGGGCGACUUCUGUAACAUGCUACAGCCCCCUUUCACGAUCCUGCUGUCCCACCGAAGUGUUCUGAGACAGGAGGGAGCUGUUACAUCACUGAGACAACAAUGAAGUCCAUCGCCUGUAUCUCCUCCUCUGUCCGAGCGGCUUGUCAGCAGACCUCAACGUGUUUCCCACUGAAUCGUGGUCUGAUUCGUUGUAGUUCAGUGUCAAGAUGCACGAAUGUGGAUUUUACCAGCAGAACUGUAGUUGCGCAACAACCGUGCGUAACCGGUGUGCGUUCUUUACACAGCAUGCACGUAAACACAGCAGUAGUCCAGCAGGUGAGUGCAGCCUCUGCUCCUAUCCCGGUGCCAGAGAAAAGAGAGGAUGAACUGACUGUGUACCAGGCUGUAAGACACAUGCCAUCUAAAGCAGCGUCAGGAUCAGCUCCACACUUAUCUUCAUACAGCCCAUACAUCAAAACACAGGGCAAUGAAGCUGCACUAGUCUCUAUUCAGUCUCUGUUUGAAGGGGAUGUGAUCCCUGAGCUGUGCUCCAGGCUGGCACACCUCCCCAGCAACGACAGGGCAGAGGGACUAGCCACUUUACUCGGAGCAUGUGCUGAAUUUGGCCUGGAGGCUAACAGCCCUCUGGUGCUUAGACUGAAGAGUGAGUGCCUGGGGCUCCUCUCCAACAGGGACAUCAUGGUGGCAAAGCUCUGCCACCUGGGUGAGGUGGCACACGCCCUGGAAGGCCACCAGUCAGCGAUGGUGACAGAGGUCCUGGACUCCAUAGGUGCUGCUGUGGAGGAGAAAGUUGUUUCUCCCAGCGAGGCUGUCAGAGUCUACUCCCUGCUGGCUCUGAGUUACAACCCUGCCAGCCAGAAGCAGACACUCAUGCUGUCCACUUUGCACACACACACACAGAGGCUGGUCCACCGACUGAGAGCCAGUCAAGUCAGCAAUAUUCUGCAGUGCCUGGUGAAGUUACAGCAGAGACAGGCUAUUUCCCUGGUACUGAGGCUGAGUCAAAGGGCAUCACGGAUCUUUAAAGCUUUCAGCGACAAUGAAAUAAUCAGGGUGCUCUCUGCGCUGAUGAUACUGGGACAGCAUCAUGAGGACAUCCUGGCUGCUAUGGAGAAACACCUGCCAGGGAGGCUGGGAGAGUGUGAUCCUGAGCUGAUCAGUACCGUCAUGGAGUACUGUUUGCAAAUGAGGUGCCGUUCUGAGCUGAUCUUUGAAGCUGCGGCUGAGAACUUUGUGUGCCAUGCUGAGAAGCACACUGACCUUCAGAUAGCCAAACAGAUUGUUGCCAUGGGGAGACUCAACUACCUGCCACAGUGCUCCAGUCAGAUGUUCAAGAAGCUCGAGAGCAUUUUAUCAACAAGGUUUUCCCAGUUCCAGCCUCGCUCACUGAUUGAGGUGUUGCACGCCUGCAUCCACCUGGAACGCUUUCCGCUCAACUACAUAUCCAAAGUUUUCAGCCUGUACUUCCUACAAAGGCUGCAAGCACAGGGGGAGCCAUUGGACAAGAAUGCAUUGGGACAACUGACACAGCUCCACCUCUCCACCUCACUGGAGUGUACAUACUACCGGGGUCCCAGACUGCCACACGCCCUCCAUGUGUUGAGGUUCUCCUCUGUGGACCAGGCCUUUGAGACACCCAUGGAGAGUCUCCUGUACAAACAUGUCAAAGGACCGCUAACACAGCUGCUUGGGGGAAAGUUUUUCUCUACCAGCAUCCUUACUCCUACUGGAUACACAAUAGACGUGGAGAUCUGCCUGGAUGAGAAGGGAUACGUUCUGCCUCUUUCUCAGUGGGAUCACACAUACAAGAGGAUGGCACUGUGUUUAGAUGGUCAAAACCGUUUCUGCAGCAACACGCAACACCUGCUGGGGAAGGAAGCCACGAAGAGGAGACACCUUCGCAGGAUGGGCUAUGAGGUGGUGCAGAUCCCUUACUUUGAAUUUGAGAGGCUGAGAACUAAGGAACAGGUCCAAUAUCUUCACAACAAGAUCUUUCCCACUAUCUUCAAGUUCAACCACUGACCACUCAGUCACCUCACAGGUUCAGUGCAAGUUAAAGUUGUCAGUAGACAGUAGUCAAACCAGAGGUUCCUCAGAGACUUUAAAUGGCUGACCUGUGAAGAAUUAUAAAGAAGAUAUAAGGCUGUGCUAUUCAGCUUCAGCACACACAUAUCCUAAUGUCAGGGUACGAAUCUUACAAUCCAAAUAAGGCAGAUUAAAACAUUUCUCAGACAUCUAAGUGCCCAAGAGCCUAGGUAUAACUGAAUUUAUGGUAAAAAAAUUUUUCUUCUGUUUUUUUCCCACGUGACCUUAGCUUUUUUCUUUUGUCAUUUUAUGAAACAGUCUGCCUUGUUUUGAGCAUCAAAGUGAAAAGAUUUCACUCAAUAGUUUUACAGGGAAAUUUUUAACAAGGCAUCUGAUAUAAAAGCUGUCUAUUAAACAAAUACAGAGGUUGGAUUUGCAUACAUUUUCUGUUAAAAUACAAAAAAAAGAGUUAAAGAUGAGUAAAAUCACAACACAGUCCAAAAGAGGAGUAGUCUUACCAGCUGGGAAACUACUUCCCUGGCCAUUUGAGUGACCACACCUCUUAUAUUUGCAACUCACUACCGGAUGUAAUGCCAUAGUAACACUGACUUUACCACUGAUUUCAGGGAUCAAAAUUCUUGAAUAAUUCCUCCCUAUUCAUAUUCUGUCAUUAAUUUAUUAUGUUGUUAAAUGAACAUGAUGGUAACUAUUUAUGUAGUUCAUCUGAAUACAGAACAUGUAAAUAUUGUGACACAUUGUCGUUGCCUCAGCCUUUGUCGUCUGCCCUGCUGUAUGUUUGCACCUGAUUGUCUCUGGGGUAGAAGGAAAUAAUGUGACCUUAUUUAGUUGACAAGAUGUUCAAAUUUAAAAUGUGAUAUACCUAAUGUGUGACAUGGAGUAUGCUUUUAUUUGAUGUAUGAAGAUAAUAAAUACCAUAAAUUGCCUCACAUCAUC